AACAAACCGAGCUUCCAUCCAAGCUCCAGUGCCGACGACUAGUUCAGACCGUCUUCAUCUCCAUAGUUAAGGAGCACAUUCAUCCCUUGAUCCGUUACCAGCAGGACCAGUGACUCCUUUCCAAAGCUGUGCAUCUUUUCUACCCGUCGCAUACAACGCCGAGCAUCAAUACCGUCAUCGCAUCGCAUUCAACCAUGUCGACACCAGCAGGACCAUCCGUUUCAAGGAGCGCCAGCCGGCGACUAAUAAAGGAACUGGAUACAUGGAGUACUGAGCGAAAGGAUGAGACGGGCAUCGAGCGCCUGGGUCCCGUCAGCGAGGAUAACCUGAUGGAGUGGGAGGCCGUCAUCAACGGACGGGGUAUUGGACAUGGCUACGACGAGGGUCGCUGGCUUCUCAGCAUCUCGAUCCCUACGACGUACCCCCUCGCGCCUCCCAAGAUGACGUUCGUCACGACCAUCGUGCACCCCAACAUUGCCCUGCAGACCGGCGAGAUCUGCCUCGACCUGCUCAAGGACGCCUGGACGCCCGCCUACAGCGUCCUCGAGUGCGUGCGCGCCGUGCGCAUGCUGCUCGGCUGCCCCGAGACGGACAGUCCUCUCAACGUCGACGUCGCGGCCCUCUUGCGCGGCGGGGAUGAGCUGGGUACGCGAAAGUUGGUCGAGUUUUGGUGCAAAGACUCGGAUGGAAGAUAUGAUGGACCCUAGGGCAUGUAUGAAUAAGGAUGUUUAUUGUUGGAUUGGGAUAUACUCUUCGAUGGGAGUGAGUUUUAAUACGGAGUUUAGGAACAAGGGUUCGUGUGAUGACUUGGAUGUACAAGAUUGGGAUAUUCAGAUAUUUCUUUGGGACUUCUCGCAAUGAAUGGAUAGGAUGGGUUGAGCGACAGCAGGCAUGAUGAACAAUCAGACAGAUACCAGAC